CAGUCGUUCUUGCGCGCUCAUGGCCUCAGUGCGCCGCGAGAGCCAGUGCCGCCGCACCGCCGAGAUCGCGCAACCUCAGUGAAGUGAAGUGCCAAUGGAUGCGGUUUACCAACGGAUUUAGUGUUUACAUUCGGCGGCUUGGAUUUGUCUAUUCAUGAGCGAGUAACAGUGGUAUCGAGAUGCGACAUGCGUGCUCUGUGUUCGGUUCGCGGGCCGCUGGGCGGAGAGACGCGUGCGCUCGGCGCCGGCGCACGCCUGCUCGCGCUGCGCAUGCCCGGCCAGCCUCAGCCGCUGCACUUCGUCGUGGAAGCCAAGGCGAGGGUGAAGGAGCUCAAGUCACAGGCCAAUGCGCACGCGCAACUACAAGGCAUGAUCGACAUGGAUCUCUUCGGAUUGGCUGUACUGCAAAAUGGAGAAUAUUUAUUCGUUGAUUUAGAAAGCAAACUAUCAAAAUAUGCGCCAAAGAGUUGGAGAUCAUCUCAUACACAUGGCUUGGACGCAAAUGGGAAGCCACUUCUGGAAUUACAUCUGGUGGUUCAAUUCCACGUUGAAAGUCCACUGCUCCUUCACGACGAGAUUGGGCGUCAUCUUUACUUCCUGCAGCUCAGGAGUAACGUGCAAUCGCGGGAUACACUACCCGCUGAAAUACUCCUUUUGCUGACUGGUCUAGCUUUGCAAGCCGAGUAUGGCGAUGCAGCAGACUACGAAGACCGUGACUACUUCAAGGUGGAAGAGUAUGCGCCCACGUCGCUCACGGGAGAUUGGGUUGCUUCAGCUAUGCGUGCGUGUCACAGAGAACAUCGGGGUCUCUCUAAAAUAGACGCCGAAACCAGAUUCAUACGUGAAGUCUGCCUCCUUCCUGAUACUAUCAACUCGCAUCGCUAUAGGCUCAAACAAUCAAAAACAGAAUCCGAUCCCGGAACGGUAUGGCUACUUGUGACUGCAAAAGGCAUAAAAAUACUUCCUGACAAUGGACCGCUAUCAGAUUUCAUUUGGAGUGCUAUAGGAAAAUUAAGUUUCGACAGAAAAAAGUUCGAAAUAAGAACAGAAGAAGGAAAAAUCACAUUAUAUUCUUCAAGUGAGGAAAAAUGUAAAUAUUUAUUUUCCCUAUGUAAAGAAACUCACCAAUUUUCGAUGAAGAUAGCUCCGAAGUUAAACGAAAUUUUGAGAAAAGAGGAGGAGGAACGGAAAAAUUGUUAUGGAUACUCAAAACCAUUAAAUUUUCAAUACAACCCAAGUAAUAAAAAUGAACAAAGAAUAUCAGUGAUAUCCUCAACUAGUUCAAAUACAACGUCCGGAAUCGUAAGCGAUAGAGUUCAGUCUGAAGACGAACUAGAAAUUAUGAUUGAUUCACCUCCUGCUCCAUCAACUGAAAGCUUGGCAUUUGCUCAUUUAUUAGACUUUUCAAACUCAUAUUUUAUCCGGCACAUGCCCCAAGAAAACCAACCACUAAGUAAGACGUCAUCUUUACAAAUGCAGAAGUCAAAAGGUCGAGUUAAGAAGAGUAAUGAGAACGAAACUUCUACUAGUAGUAAAAAUGAUGCUAGUUCAGCAGAUGUCAGUCAAAAUCCAACAAAUCAAUUAGAUGAAACUACUUCUUUACCUGAUCAAAGUAUGACAGAAAGUGAUAGCCCGGUCUCUAAUAAAUUAAAGUGUACUGGAUCGCAAUGUUCAUCAUCAUGCAGUACAGUAAUAAUGGCCAGGGCCGGCCUAAGUGCAUUGAGCAGAGCGUCUAAUGCAAGUAGUUUGGAACUUGGAUACAGUCACACGGCACAAAAUUCCAUGCUCAGUGACAACAGUACCGUUGGCAUAGAUGUAGAAUACUCCCAAGACACAGCUUCAGCAUUAUACGAUGGUUUGGGACAACCGGUGACUGUGGCUGCUUCAAGUGAAACUAGUGGAGUUUAUACAAUGGGAAGUUCGGAACUUACAGCGCGAUCAAAAAUGGAUACAUUAUCUGAAGACAGUAGAACAGAUUAUAGUGUACCAAGAUUUGAUAGUUAUAAGUUAUCUAAAGACAAUGAUCUAGCUGACUUUGAUAGUGUUUCUUCUAUUUUAAAAAAUAAAUCCGAAAGAUCUAGUCAUUCAACAAACACAUUGAGAUUACAAGCUGCUUUACCUAAUGCUGAUUGUGUUGAUGGUGCUACUAAUUUCUCAAAUCAAAAACACAAUGAAGAUGAAAACGUUUUCAGAGAGCGCACAAACUCCAAUGUAAGUGCGACCUCAUUUCAUGGGGACGGUAGCGAUCCAACGGAUAAUAAACAUAAUCUUCUCACAGCUAGUGAACUAAGCGACCUGAUUGUCGGCCGAGGAGUAUAUCCAAAGAGUCAGUCCGUAAGCGACACUCUUGAUUCGGUAUCUGAUUACGUCAGAUUACCACUACCGUUUAGCGGAGAUAGUUAUAUCCAAGGACACGAAGAUACUGCCCCUUCGGAUGACAACUAUCCUAAUAAUAUGUUUUUCGAUCGUCCUCCCACACCUCCGACCAGAACUGAUAGUCGGAAACUCCUUAAUAUGUCUCUGCCAAAUAUUUUAGACAUUGAUAAUACCCCAGCACCGGUUCGAACUGCCUUCCCAGACAAACCUCCACCUCCUUACGAAUACAAUCAUAAAACGUUAUCACAAUACGCACAAAGUCCUGUUAAAGCACCGCCUGCUUAUCCAGGAACAUCAUCGUCGUCAUCAGCUAUAUCAAUAAGACAAGCAGAAAAAGAAGAAGUGGCAGCUCGGGUAGUAACUUCAAAACCUAUGAUCACAAUUCUUAAAGCUGAAGCAGGUGAAGUUAACUCAUCAAGUGAAAGAACGUUUGCAAGUCCAAUGGUAUUGGAACACAGGUUUCAAAAGUCAAAACGUCACCAAGCGUCUAGCCGCAGAGCUGAAAGGUCAAAACUGGCUCAAGGAAUCAAUAAUCUCUCUCCAUCAAGAGAGCCACAUGGGGUAGAUUCUAAUGUUCUCGUGGCUAUGAUGAAACUGCCCCCACCGCCACCACCACCUCGCAGAACGAGACUGCCUCCUCCACCCCCGGCCGCAAGAUUACCGCCUCCGCCGCCACCACACAAUCCUAUGUUCCAUCAACAGUUGUACAGUGACGUUGAUUACGUCUAUUAUCCCAUGCAAGAUCCAGCCAUAUCACAACAAAAUUACCUCGAUCACAAAUUAACGGAAACACGUGUGUCUAACAUGCACAAAACAAGCCUGCAAUAUAGAAGUACGCCAUACCUAUCUACAUCACUAUCGGCAUCGUCCAUGUAUGGAUCAAUACAGAAUCUUUCAGACUCUUAUGUACAACUCCCAGGAGCACGUACAAGCUGGUAUUCUUUGACAAGCAGAACUUCACUGAGCAAUCAUUCUAUAAAUCUUGAAAGACCUCCAUUACCAACACGCAUAGCUGAUUUCCCAAGUUUCUCGAGAGCUAAAUCUGACGAGAAUAUACUGAAUCCGAGAGAGCCACCCCCGGUCAAAAUGAGACGCAUGCCUCCGCCUCCACCUCCUCCGUAUGAACACAAGAAGAAGCUCCCUACACACUUAAAAGAAAUUCCUCUUAGUAGAAGUGAUGCCAGUGUUAGCAAAACAAAAGACACAAAGUGUGAUUUGGACAUCAAAACCCUUCGAGAAAAAAGCAAGAAUCUCGACUUGCCCCUCAUAGCAGCAUUGUGUAACGAUCGAUCGCUGUUAAAACAAACUAAAGCGUUUGGUGCUCCAAAGUUAAGUAAACAGACAGGUAGUGACUGUGAAAGUGAACGUAAGUGUGCCAAGACCGUUCAAAACACCACCGACAGUUUAGAUCGUAAGAAACAGGAGAGUGUCGAUAAAAGAACUACCGCUAGUUCUCAAAAAAAGAUAUUAGUUAGAAAUCCUACGGAUAAACUUCCAGCUUUACCAAGUUCUGAAAAUCACACACCUAGAGCUAUGUCUAAUACCUAUGUAAUGCAUCCAAGUGUAAUUAAAAGUAAGAAAACACAAUCUAGUUCAUGACAUCACGAAAAAAAUAAUAACAGCACAUACUUGUGAAUCCUUCCAGUGCUAUGAGCUUUUAUCCACCGAAUUUACAAUGCAUAAAAAUAAAAGACUGAAAUACAAUAGACGCCUAAUACUUUUGAGCUUUUACUAAAUUUAAAUCAAUGAUAAACCCUUACUAAAACAGUACAAGACAUGAUUCGCACGUAGGUACUUAUUAUGGAAAUGUACAUGCGAUUGUGUAAAAAUUGGUGUAUUUUAGAUACUAAAACAUUUUUAACAUGUUAGGCUAAGGAGUUUCUCACGGACUCAACUUUACUUCAACAUUUUUAAAGUCACAAUUCGUUAAUGUAUACAAAAUAUGUAGCUUUUUUUUAAAAUAGAUGAGCAAACUUGACUCAUUAAAACUUACUAAAAUCUCAUAACUAUGAUCUGCCAAUACUUUGCUCAUGCUAUGAGAAAACAGACGGGUAUAAUGACAUUUAGAAAAAGCCAAACACUUUAAAUUAUAUAACAUAAUCGUAAUAUAAUACAAAUAUUACAUAUUUGAAUCCCAAGAGAUAAGUAUGAGAUUAAAAUAACACAUUCUCUAUCACUAAAGAAAACAAUUUGCAUGUUUGGUCAUUUCUAAAUGAACACAUUUUUUGAGUAUGUACCUAUUUACUAAGACAUGAAAGACAUCAGCAGCACAUAAGACUAAAUAUUUUUUGUAAAAUAAUAGCACAUGAUACGACCAUUUUAGCUUGAUGUGCUGUUGUCUUACACCCGUAUUCACAAUUCUUGCUUAAGUGAAACAGCAAAUCGAACGCACAGCGUUGAAUAGAGCUCUGUGAUUAGUUUGUAUGUCACCCUGUGCGUUCACACUCACUGUAAGACCUCAUAGUUGAAUACGGUCGUUAAAAACUUUAACUUCUUGUACACAAUCAUCAAUAGUUCCAGAAUUAUUCAUUAUAAUUAUUGGAAAUAGCUAAAUGGUACCUAAAGAUGUUAUUUUAAUCAUAGUGAAAUUAAAAAUAUGCACGACAUUCCUUAUUAAGACUGAAUAACUACAUUAACUAUUUGGUUUUACUUUUGUCAUUGUUAUUUUAGAUUAACUUUAAGUAAAAAUCAAGUUCCUCGCUUUUCGUGAGAUAUUAGAGAAA